CUUAAUGACUGCUUGCCUGUGAGGAGGGUUCUGCUUAGCUGCCCAUCAGAACCAUGUGUGACCAGCAGCAGAUUCAGUGUUGCCUGCCGCUCCCACAGUGCUGUGUGACAGGUUCCUCCUUCUACCCUUCCCAGUCCCCCUAUGCCGGGAGCCAGGUGGUGGUCCAAGUUCCUUGUGAGAUGCAAAUUGUGGAGUGCCCUGCACCAUGCCCAGUUCAAGUUUCCCAGGUAAAAUGCCAGGCUCCAUGUCAGUCCCAGACCACGCAGGUGAAGUGCCAAGAUAACUGCCAGUCUAAGACCACGCAGGUGAAGUGCCAAGCUCCUUGCAAGUCUAAGACCACCCAGGUCAAGUGCCAGGCUCCAAGCCAGUCUCAAAUUUCCUGUGUUCAGUACCAGGCUCCAUGCCAGUCUGAGGGUUCCCAUGUGCAAUAUGAAGCCCCAUGCCCUGUGCAGCCCUGCUACGUGGAAUGUGCUCCAGUUUGUUAUACAGAAACUUGUUAUGUGGAAUACCCGGUCCAGACCUAUGUACCCUGUCCACCUCCUCAGCCUGUCAAGACUUAUGUAGCAGGUCCCUCAGUGUGCCAGACUCAGGGAAGAUUCUCCACGCAGUGCCAAUAUCAGGGCUCCUACAGCAGCUGCGCCCCCCAGCGUCAGUCCCGGGCAUCGUUUAGCACCUGCGCACCCCAAUGUCAGACCCAGGGCACUUAUGGGAGCUUCACUGCGCAGCGCCGCUCUCGGAGCACCAGCAGAUGCCUCCCUCCUCGCCAGCUGCAGCCUUCUUACCGCAGCUGCUCCCCGCCACGACGAUCUGAGCCCUACUACAACAGCUGCCUGCCAUCAAGAUGCUCUUCAGGUUCCUAUAACUACUGCACUCCACCCCGCCGCUCUGAGCCCAUCUAUAGCAGUGGCUGUCCUCGGCGUCCCACUUCAGGCUGUACUCAGAGAUGUGGACCCAAGUGCCGAAUAGAGAUUUCCUCCCCCUGCUGCCCUAAGCAGGUUCCCCCCCAGAAGUGUGCUGUUCAGAUUCCUCCCAUCAGACGCUGCUCUGAGAGAUGUGCCCCACGACCCUCCUGGGGAACCACCUACCCGGAGCCUUGCCCACUCCCAAGCUUCCGUCCUCCGCGUCGUUUGGACCAGUGUCCAGAGCCAUCCUUGCAGCGAUGUCCACUUCCAGCUCCACGCCCACGUCCACUUCCAGCUCCACGCCCACGCCCACUUCCGGCUCCACGCCCAUGCCCACUUCCAGCUCCACGUAUGUGUUCAUGUCCAGAACCAUGUGCAAGUCCAGAGUUCCGUCCUUGUCCUCCACCACGGCAACUUUCAGAACCCUGUCUGUGUCCGGAACCACGUCCAGCCCCACGUCCAGCCCCGCGUCCAGUCCCGUGUCCUCGCCCAGCGCAGUGUGAGCCUACAGAGCCACGUCCAUGUCCCCAGCGCUGUGAGCGCCAAGAAUCUUGCCCACUUCCAGAACCAAUUCCUUUUCCAUUGCCCUGCCCAAGCCCAGAGCCAUGUGUGGAGCCUCAGCGUUGUCCUAGCCCAUGCUCAGGCCCAAAUCCAAAUCCAUGCAUAAGAGAUCUAGGCUGUCAUGAGUCCAGUCCAUGCCACCUGGACACUGAGGCCCCCAGCUGUGGAACAGCUGGUUAUAACCUGGGGCAAGAGUGGCGCUAGCUGUAGACCUUGUGGUGUGUUUCCAGAGCCACAGGGUCCUGGUGGUGUGGAGGCCAAGGAGGCACCCAUGUUGGAGUGAAAGGUGGGGCCUGCGCUUGAGCAAAGGGUGCCUAUUUUUAAGGAAAGCAUGGCUGAGACAUCCCUACCUCUUGCCCUGGAAGUAUUUCUCCUCCAUUCUCAUAAGCUACCGUUUCCAGCCUAUUCCAGUUCAAAUCUCUCCAAAGAUAAUCAGAAGCUCCCUGCUUCAGAGGUGAUGACCAAACUCUGCGUGCCUUCUCAGGAUCCACACCUGGGUCUCAGACACCAAUCUAGCCUUGCAUCUUAGCUUCUCACCUAAACAUAUCCUCAGUUCUGACCAGACUAAUCCGGCCACCAGGGCACAUCUUGGUGUUCCCCAGGACAUACUUUGUGGUCUCUGCUCACUUUUCUGCCACUACCUGGACCACUUCUCUGCUACUCCCAGCAUCUGGAAUCAAACCCAUCAUUCAAGACCUCUUCCUUGGAGCCUUUUCUGUGUGUUCCUACCUUCAGGAGUCUGGGCUGCCUUCACAGAACUCACUGCACCAUCCAUUGGCAACUGCCUUGAAACAUCUCUUGAAUUUUCAUUUUGCUUUUCAGGUGUGUUUGUCUUACCUGCCCAACUAGGUUAUAAAUUCCCAUUUGAGUGGAAUAAGAGUAUCUCUAAAGCCCCAUGUUUCUCCUGGGGCAGGCAGCUGCUCAGCAAAGCUUAUGGGUUGGCAACUUGAGCCAUGGUCUUUGUCUUGAUGAGCAGCUCCUUACUGAGACAAGAGGAAACCAUGUAACAAUAAAGACGAUGAUACC